CUCCCGAGAAGGUUCACGUCUUUGAUCCUGUCAACACGCGAUAUUUAGGUGCUGCCAUUGGCCACAGAAUCGUAAACACGGAAAUCGGAGUGAGGACGACUGGAAUCUGUCUUUGCUAAAGACUUCGCUAACUCGGGAUAUAAGGAUACCAUUUGAAAAUUAAACGGAGGUUUUACACGCUAAGAGCCGUCUGUAUGUCAGAAGGUGGGAGAAAUCGCUGUCGGAAACAGCUGACACCCUGAAGCAGCAGGAGCAGGAGGAGCAGCGCACGGGAAAGUUGGGCUCCGCGGACACUUAACGGACGGCUCCUCCCCCUGUCCGGUGACCCUCCCCCAACCCCCAGCAAAAAAGAAUGCUGCCCGUGAGGGUUGCGGGCCACCGACUGGCCGUCCUUGCAGUGGCCCUGUACUGCUCUCUAGUGUCCUCCCCAGGACAUGCCUACAUCUAUGCUCACAACAGCAACAUCACACACAUGAUCUUCGAGGAUAUGCCCUCGUUCUUCGGGAGCCGUGUGCCGAAGGAGGGCCUGGUGGGAGUGCUGGUGGAGUCCCGUCCUCUUAACGCCUGCACCCCUAUCGAGCCUCCCCCACGCAAGCCAUUGCCGAUCAACAACAACCUCACCAACUACAUUGUCCUCAUUCGCCGCUACGACUGCAACUUUGACAUCAAGGUGUUGCAUGCUCAGCAGGCCGGGUUCAGCGCAGCCAUUGUGCACAAUGUGCAGUCAGACCGCCUGCUCAGCAUGGGCUCCAGCAAUGAGACGAUCGCAGAUGAGAUUGAGAUCCCCUCCGUGUUUACCGGGUACACUGCCGCUCAGGACUUGAAGAAGUACAUCAUUGGGGAAAGCGGGGCCUAUGUGGUGCUUUGGCCAGAGUUCUCCUUCCCUCUCUCCUACUACCUUAUCCCUUUCUCUGGAGUCAUGGGGAUGAUUAUCCUCACCAUGGUCACCAUCCUGAUUGUGCGCUGUGUGCAGCACAGGAAGAGGGCCAGGAGGAACCGGCUGACCAAGGAGCAGCUGAAAAAGAUCCCCAUUCACAAGUUUAAGAAAGGUGAUGAGUAUGAUAUGUGUGCAAUCUGCCUGGAUGAGUACGAGGACGGAGACAAGCUGCGCAUCUUGCCCUGUUCACAUGCAUACCACUGCAGGUGUGUGGAUCCCUGGCUAACGCAGACCAAGAAGACCUGCCCUGUGUGUAAGCAGCGCGUCGUCCAGCCCAGCCCCGACCACCCGGAGUCCGAAUCCGAGAACGAGGAGGGCGGGAUUGGGGACGGUCCUGGUGCGGGAGAGGAGGACAGCACAGAACGCACUCCCCUGCUUCGCGCCUCCCAGCCUGGUUCACCCUCCUCCAACAACGGUACGCCAACUGUGUACUCCUCCACCGUGGCGACAGCCGAGUGCCUGGUCCCCGCACCCCGCUGUGAGUCACCCCUGCUGACACAUGAAGGCUACUACUCCCCAGAGGAGGAUUCAGACUCGGACUCAGAGGCUGACAGCCUCGCUGAUGGGGACUCGGCCCGUCUCAUUGGCAAGGGCCAGGUAGUCGUGUGAGGGAGCACGAGGAGAUGGAAUUAAAUCGCCUGGUUUGAGGCCUACUGACCCUGCUGUGGUUCCUUUUAGGGGUCCAUUCCUCCCUGGGUUUUUCUCACCGUGCUUUCUGUCGAGGGUCUGGUCAGUUUGAUUGUUCCUUUUCCCGCCUUUAUGUUGCGUUUGGUCUUCCUCACCCUGUCCCGGUCCUUGCUGACCCACACAGCCAUCUGCAAAAGCCUGGACGGUACUAACAGCUAACACCUCCACCUUGGGGUGUCAUUUUUAUUUAGGCUGUUAGAGCUACUUAGCAGGUGAAAUGUGAACUGGUGAAGCAGACUAGCAUGUUGCGCUUGCAUAGCAGUGUACAAAACCUUAAGCGAGAGCAACAGUUCAUCUUUUUACGGUGUUUAUAAAAGCACGAGUCAAAUUCAUUAUAUGCAAAUAACUGACAGGUGGAAUAGCUGAAUGUCCUCUUUGUUGUCCUCUGAACUCUUUUGUUCCCUUGAACUCUGUUUUCACCACUGAAAAGUGUUAGUUUCACUGCAGUUGAUCUCUCGAUGAAAUGGAAGCUUCUGGAAAUCACAAGUUUCUAAUCUUUAUUUUAAAGAAAGCAGUUUGUUACACCUGAUCAACUGUGCAAACUGCUUUUAUAGAGAUGAUGGAUGUCUGAAGGAUCUUUGUUCAGUCAGAAACUAUCGCAGGGGAAUGAUGGAGGAUGUGGGGCUCCAGGGUUGAACUUGUAUAUGUACGAUGGCAGCAGCCAAAGGCGACGCCCAUUUCCUCUCGCUCCGCUUCUGAAGACCCCCAUUUCCUCCUUGCUGUAGCUGAACAAUUGUGUCCUUUGAUUCAUCCACUCUCCCCCUCUGGGCAUCUGAAGGCACCCCCUUCACUUUUAGGGGCACAACGAGUGUUGCUGAUGCCUCGAAACAUGACAGUUCAUUCCUCACAAGGACCACGUGAAAGACUAGAGUAUCCGGCACCUCGAAGGAUCUGGGGCAUUUUUCCAGGAAGUACUGUCUCAAAAAAAAAAAAAACAAGAAAGGGUUCUCUUAGCAUAGCAGUCUGCCUCCUGGAUUCCAGUCUCUUUCCACCUGCUGCCAUCCUCGAUGUUUCUAUUCUGCCUGAAUGAGGCACCAGGUAGUUGUUGACUGAAUGGGAAGCAACGACACACCUCAGUGUUCCUCCGCAGGCUCCGUGCAGCCGGUGACUGAAAUUGAGCUGUCAGUUGGAAGGUCUUUUAUCUGCUUACGCUUAACUACGCACCACCUGCCCAAACAUGAAGCGCAAUAAAGUUUAGUGUCCUCAAGGGUCCAUGUCACCUCUCAAAAAAAUUCCCCCCCCGUUAGAGAGAGAAAGCAAAAGUGUAUGUUAAGAGAUGUGUUCAUGAAUUUCCCUAAAGGGCAGACUCUCACAGUGGGGCUGUACUUUCACCUCGCUGCUGUACUGUACUGUUUCUGGAGAAUUAUCAUUAUUUAAAAUUGAGAAACUUUGGUUUUUAUGUUUUUUAAAAAAAAAAAAAAAACUAAGGAUCAUGAGGAAAGAUUAUUCCUCAAUAUCACUGCAGCAUUGCUGAGGAGACAUGAGUCACUGUUGAAUGACGGAUUUUUUUUUUUUCUUUUUUUUGGAACAACGAGUCCUUCAUAAUGUUUUCUUACAUGACUGUCUGCUGUCAGGGCACGUUUUCGGUUUUUCCUUUUUGAAUUAUGCGAGUGUUCAAGAUGACACUGUUUGUGUUGCGAUGGCACAGACAGGCAAGUGCCAAUACCAUUUUCACGUACACAGCGCUUGAGUUCCACUCACUUUAUGAGGUGUCAACACACUGCUCACACACCCAGUGGGUCUCCAGUGAAGUCCAGGUGCCUGUAAACUUGAUGUGGGUUCAGCUCCUUUUCAUUUAUCUCCAUGCAUUUGUUUUCUGACACUAAUGUUCAAAAUAAGUACGUUGAACUCACCGUCUGAGCCAUUUUUACUAUUGCAGGCUCUUUCAAGACCUUUUGAAACCAAAUACUCUAAAUUGUUCCUUUUAAGACUUUUUCAGUGAUGCUUAUCUCAAGUGACUGAGAGCAGUUUGUGUUCUAUUCAUCCUGGCUUGGACUGUAAUGCAAUUAAUAGGUUAAUGUUUCUACACAGUAUAUUACCAGUAACGCAAAGGAGAUUUCACUAAUUCAAAUGUAUUUUGCACUAGUGAAUGUUGACUAAAAUCAUUGUUGGUCUUAAUAUGUACAGGUAUUAUGUAGUAGUGCUAGGUCAUCAUAUGUAUUAGAAACUGUGAUACUUGUGUUCCGAUUAGGAUCUAAAUUCUUGCAAUAUAUUGAUGAUUUUCCCCCCCCAUUUCUGUACCUUUAUUUAACCUUCCCAUCACUGAAGAUUUUGUAUUAUGUUUCAGUUU